AUGUCUCACUACUUCGAGUUCAACAUGCACAACGCCGCCGCCAUCGCAGACAGCCUUCCGGGGGUUAUGGACCCGGAAGACAAGUAUCUCGCCAUGGCGGCAACAAACAGCGAAUCUUACAACCACGGCGAGCGAUCGAGUGCUAGUGUCCUCUUUGACGAGCUAGCAGCGCACCUGGCGCCAGCACCAAGUCCAGCGGCACCCCAAGAGGAGAUAGAUUCCACUUCGGCACAAGAGAUGAACGACUUCUUCAGACGCUGGGGUUGCAUGUCGCCAGAGGUUCCCGCCGCGGAGUCCAGUCACACCACCCCGAGUCUAUCGACGGGCUCAACGCCGAAUGCGAGCCCUGCGCUGGCAACACCGCCCGCACCAAGCGCACUCCCCUCUCCACUCCCGUCCUUCUACGACUGUGGCGACUAUCAACCACACGUCCACACCGGCAUAGUGGCAUCUCCCGAGGGGAGUGUUCCAACACUCCCACACUCCAUACCGGCACCCGAACUUGGAGAGCGCGAGUUGAACGACGAGGAUAUACGACACAAGCCCGCAAGCGACGUUAUCGCCUGCGAGUGGGAUGGUGGGUGUGGACACCACGGCCACUACUUGGAGAUGUGGUUGCAUAUCUUUGGCACUGGUAAGAAGAAUGUCGCCGAACCGAUCGCUGGAAAACACCUCGACGGGACGGAGUCGGCGAUAUUGUGCCUAUGGAACGGCUGCGAGAGCAAACUCCCGAUGCGUUCCGAUUCCCUGAAACGCCACAUCCAGGCCCAGCACUUGUUUAUGACCGUCGAGUGUACAUGGUGCAGCGUCAAUAGGCGAGAAGACGCGUACAAGACUAGCCAUCGUCCGGCCCGCUUCUGCGAGCACAGGCCGACGGAUGAGAAAAAGCGCGACGAGAUUUGGGCGCGCAGACCCCCGGCCGCCGUCCCUUCCACCGCACUCCCAUCCGCUGCCGGCCCGGUGCGCCCAAAACGCACUCGGGCUCCGCGCAAGAAGGCGCAGAAGGCGAUUGCGUACCCCUCACCCACGGACGUUGCUGGUUCGAUCCUACACCAAGGACGGGGCGGUGACCAGCGGAGCAUCCGCCCGCGCCCGGUCGCGGGCCCUUCUUCCUCCAGCCGCGGCCUCAUGUCUACGUCGGCAUUCCUCCCUUUCGAGCCAGCCCAGGCGUCCUUCCGUGCGCCUCAGCAGAGCCACUCGAUGGUCCCGCAGGUCGUGCCUACGUUCGUCCAGGGCAGCUCGACCGGUCGCGGUACCGGCCCCACCUCAUACCCCGCGCCCAUUGCGCCCGCCCCGAUGCCCUCGAUGUACGGGUAUUCGUCCACCGGCCCCGACCGCGCUGCUGGAAGGUCGUUCUCCCAACCCCAGCUCCAGCCCCAGCCACAAUACUUCGACCAGCCGACCGCGGGGCCAUCGGCCCUCCGAUGGGCCAGAUGGACCUCUUCACUCUGA